AUGGAUAGACCCCCUGCCGCCUCGCUCGCGCAAGCAACCGCCGUUACAAUAGCCAUUCUUCCCCCUAAAGUCACGUCCUGUACCGUCACAAACCCGCUUGCUGCCGCGAUUCCGGCGGCGCGCAGCGUAACCCAAUCCACGUCACCGGAGAACAAGCACAAGCGCGCAUUGGAGAGCGGGCCAUUAGAGAGCACGCACAAGCGCACCAGUUCCGUCCGCUUCGCCGACGACCAUGACGUGGAGCCGGGCGGAAGCGGAGAUGCCGACGGGGGCGGGGAAAGCGGAGGCGGAGGCGGAGGCGGCGGCGGAGGAAGAGGCAGCAGAAGAGGCGGUGGUUCCAGGGAGGUUAGCGAACAAACUUCGGCGGAUGACGUAUCGUCCGAUGGAAUAUCGCUCGAGUCGAUGAGCCGCGCGGGGAGCCAGCGGGAGCGCGAGGAGUGGCAGCUAGACUACAGCCAGUUCGAGGCGGCGCGGCGCGACCUCGACGACGGCCAUGGCCGGCUGCCGCGAAUACUCAAGCGGCGUGAGUUGCGCUGCUGCGAGCUAACGCUUGCCCUCGGAGUGGCGGGGCGGAACCCCGUGGACGGAUACUACCAGCAGCAGAACGAGAUGAUUGACGGAUUCAGUGAGAUGGACGCGCUCAGUGAGCAGCUGUUGCCGCCCACUCCCAGUGAGGUGAGGGAGGCGCGGCGGCAGCACCGGAACGAGUUCAUGGCGGUGCAGAUAUCCAACGGCGCCAACGUGUGCCUCUUCAUAGUGAAGAUCAUCGCGUCCAUCGUCAGCGGCAGUCUCGCCAUCCUGGCUUCCACGCUCGACUCGCUGUUGGACCUGCUGUGUGGGUUCAUUCUCUGGUACACAGCUCGCACCAUGCGCCGCACCAACCCCUACAAGUACCCCAUUGGGAAACGGCGCAUGCAGCCCCUUGGCAUCAUAGUGUUUGCGUGCAUCAUGGCAUCUCUUGGAUUCCAGAUCCUUCUAGAAGGAGUCCGCAAGCUCACAGACUCGAACCACUCGACGGACCUAGGGGAGAAGUGGCAAGUGUAUGUGGGCAUCAUGGGGUUGGUCAUUCUCACCAAGUUCAUCCUCUUCCUCUACUGCCGCCUCUUCUCCGAUGAUAUCGUUCAGGCCUAUGCCCUCGAUCACAUGAUGGAUGUGGUAACCAACACCGUGGGCCUCGCUGCAGCAGUGCUGGCAGGGGAGUACGCGUGGUGGAUCGACCCCGUCGGUGCCAUCUUUCUCGCCCUGUAUACCAUGUUCAAUUGGGGCAACACAGUGCGCGAGAACGUGCGCUCUUUAACCGGACGGACAGCGCCGCCCGCGUUCCUGCAGAAGCUGACGUACCUGUGCUGGAACCACCACCGGGCAAUCCUGGCCAUUGAUACAGUGCGGGCGUAUACGUUUGGCGCGUCCUAUUUCACUGAAGUGGAUGUUGUGUUGCCAGAAGAUAUGCCGCUCAAGGAGGCACAUGAUAUUGGCGAGGCGCUUCAGAAUAAGCUGGAGCGGUUGCCGGAGAUUGAGAGAGCAUUUGUUCACUUGGAUUACGAGGUGUCGCAUCGGCCUGAGCAUCACCACCACCUCUCCACGUUCAAUGUCAGCAACGGACCAUCUCCCACUAGCUUCUCAAGCGACCCAAGAUCUCCAUGA